AUGUUGUCUACGACUUUGGAGUUUAAAGAAGUUUUUGAGAAUUAUGCCGAUCGAGAAAGUACAUACACCAAAUUACCAAGUGGUGAUGAUUGGAAAAAAUGUAAAGAUGUUUGCUUAUUCUUGUCACUUUUCAAUGAGGCUACCAAAAUAAUUUCAGGUUCUGAGUAUCCAACUUCUAAUUUAUUUCUCAUUGAGUUAUACGUUAUAAAGAAUGCAUUGGAUACUGUAGCUCUGGAGGAGAAUGAUUGCAUGCGAUCUAUGGCAUGUAAAAUGAAAGAAAAAUUUGACAAAUACUGGGGCUCUACUAAUCUGUUGAUUUCUCUGGGUGUUGUUAUGGAUCCAAGAUAUAAAAUGGAACUAAUUAAAUUAUCUUUCAAUACAAUUUAUUCUCUGGAGGAGGCUAAAGAAGAAGUACAAGUUGUUAAUGACAUUUUAGAGGAUUUGUUUAAUGAGUAUAUUGAGGCACAUAAGGAAUCGAAUGUUGUUCGAACUGGUGGUGCAACUACUGGGAGUGGAAGCGAGAUCAGAGCUGGUUCUUCUAAGAGUUCAUCAAGCUUCAUGACUUCUCGAUUUGGUGAUGGUUUGAAAUCAGGUAGCGCUAUGUAUGCUCAACAUAUUAAAAGUCUUGAUACUGUUGAACGUGUAAAGUCAGAGUUAGCCACUUAUUUACAGGAAGGAGUGUACAUUUCUGAGACAGGUGCAAGUUUUGAUGUUUUGGGAUGGUGGAAAGAGAAUAGACUUAAGUAUAGAAUUUUGUCCAAAAUGGCAGCUGAUAUCCUAUAUGUUCCAAUAACAACUGUUGCUUCUAAAUCGGCUUUCAGCGCUGGUGGCAGGGUUGUUGAGCCACAUCGUUCUUGUUUAGGAACAGAGAUGGUUGAUAUGCUUGUUUGUGGAGCUGAUUGGUAUCGUCAUUACUAUGGACUACAUAAAAAGAAAAUCAAGGAAAAUGACGAUAUUACAUACAUUGAGCUUGAAUGA